UCAUUAAGCUGUGGGUUUGAAAAGUGACAUUCUGAAGAAGUCUUUGAGAGAUGUGUGCAAACGCUGACUAUUUUCAGAGAUACUUCUCAACAAAUACUAGACAGUAAAUAGUAAUUCUUUUCAAAGUGAAAGUUUGGAUAGUAGCAUAGCCCAUGAACAAAUCCAUAUGCUUUCGUGUGUUAUACUGUGUUGCUCUGGCAGAUAUUUGUUCACCUACAGGAAGGGAAUGGCAAUGUGGUGAUGUGUCCUCUGCUCCAGCUGGAGAGUUGUGUGUUUUCACCAACCAGCGUGGAAGCAGCAGUGAUGAGAGACAAGGUUCCUCUGAAAAAUGUGAUUUUGAAACUGACCUCUGCAAACCUCUUCAUGAAGUGAGUUUACAUUCUGGAUGGAUUAGAAGAAAUGGCAACUCUGGUGUGGGACCACCAUAUUCUGACCACAAUGGGAACGACACUGCUUAUUUCCUUUCGUUAUCCUCUGAAAUGAGAUCGUCUUCUGCAAAGUUAAGGUCCAAUGUUUUGCUUCCAACUGAUGAAGAACACGUUUGCCAGAUUACAUUUCAGUAUUGGAUCAGUCAGAGUGGAGUAUUGAUGGUGGGGCUUCAAAAGCACUCUGAAGAUGCUAUUAAAAAUAUCUGGAAUGAUUCAGGAGAACUGCAAAACCAGUGGAAAGCAAGAACCAUCACAGUCAAUAGCACUGAAAAUUUUGAGGUUAUCUUCCAUGGGAUGGUAGAGAACCAGAGACAAGAUGAAACAGUUGCUAUUGAUGAUAUUUCUUUCAGUGAAGGAUGUUCUCUAGCAUCUGCACUACAGACUUCCAACUUUGAACUUGGCAUAUGUGAGUGGAAUUCAGAUCAGCCAGUUGUGCCUGCUUUGUGGGCACAACUGCAAUCUGGGCACAAGAUUGCCUCCUGUUCCUCUGUGAAAGAUCACAGCAAUGACACUAAAGGCCAUUUGGUGUGUCUAGAAGCUAAUGACAGUGUGUUAUAUGGAAGUGCUUAUCUAAACAGCUCCAUGUGUCAUUGCUCCAGCAAGAGCUGCCGUUUUCAAUUUCAGUACUCUAUGGCAGAUAGCAGUGUUCUCAAGGCAGUGCUGUAUACUAAUCAGGAGGAGCAUGUCUUGUGGGAAACCAACAUCACGACUAACAAAGAAUGGGCCAAAGCAUAUAUACAGAUACCACUAGGGCUAGAAAAAUUAAAGCUGACACUUAAGGGAACAAUCCAGAGCAGGACAGGCUUCAUCUGUUUAAAUAACAUCCAGUUUUUGGACAUCGCACGCUCAGAGCUAUCAACUUUCAGCUCUGUAGAAGAAUUCACCUGCACUAAUGGGAAAUCUACUGAGCCUGGAUCGACCUGUGUCUCUCACCCAGACUGCUCUGACAACAGUGAUGAGGAUCCAGCAGCUUGCUCUAAUUACACUAUAUGUAAUUUUGACACUGACUUCUGUGGAUGGGAAACGCUGAACACAAGUGAUACUAAGUGGAACAUAAUGAAAGAAGGGGCUCCCUUUGACAGCAGACUCCCUGAGAGAGAUCAAACAACUAAAUCUGGACAUGAAACAUUCAUCUACUUCAGUGGAUCAUAUCAGAUGCACACAGAGAUAGCCAUGUCUGAUCUGGGGAGUCCCUUCCUUGUCAAGCUGUCUCCUGGUUAUUCCUGCUGUCAGGUAAGAUUUUGGUAUUGGCUGUCUCAGGACUCCCAGCUUUCAGUUUUUAGGAGGACUGCCUUGCAUGGAAGUUUGGAAAAAAUGUGUGAUAUUUCAGUAUUGCCUGAGAUGAAGUGGACAAAAGCAAGUAUACCAGUAGAAAGUGAAGCUGGGGACUUACCUUUUCAGAUCAUUUUCCAAGCUACCAUUCUAGCAGCGAAUGCUACUGUUGCUAUAGAUAACAUCAGUAUAACAAAGGAAUGUGAAGUUGUGAAUAUAUCACUAUCGGCUAUCAAACCAGAAAACAAAGCUUCUGUGUGUGACUUUGAAAGAGAUAACUGUGGUUGGUUUGAAACUGCAAAUGCAGACGGAUUUGACUGGAUAAGAAGUUCCAGCAGUUCUCUUGAACCUGAUUUUCAGCAACAAGCUCCUCCUCAAGAUCACACCUACAACAAGUCUGAAGGUCAUUUUAUGUUCAUUUUGAAAAACAGCAGCAGCAUUUCACAAGUUGCUCAGUUACGAAGCCCAAAGUUCAGACAAACAGGAUCAAAUUGCACAAUGUCCUUUUGGUAUUACAAUUAUGGACAGUCAGUUGGAGCAGCAGAGAUGCAACUGCUUGUGGAUGGGGUGGAUGAGCCUACUGUUCUUUGGAGGGUAUAUUACAACCAGGGAAAUCAAUGGUUGAAUUCAGUCAUUCAGCUUGGACGUCUUUUGCAUCCCUUCCAAUUUUCACUCAAUAAAAUCAGCUUGGGAUUUUAUGAUGGUGUCUCAGCAAUUGACGAUAUUACAUUUGAAAAUUGCGCUCUUCCACCUCCAGCACUAAGCUGUGAAGGUCCUAAUUACUUUUGGUGCAGAGACACAAAAGCAUGUAUUAGCCAUUUAUUGGUGUGUGACCUUGUGGAUGACUGUGGGGAUGGAUCAGAUGAAGACGAAUGCAACCCUGACCUACAGUGUGACUUCGAAAAUGGGCUAUGCAAUUGGGCACAGGACACUGAGGAUGACUUUGACUGGAUCAGGAUACAAGGACCAACCCCUACAGUUAAUACAGGACCAUUAAAGGAUCACACGACAGGCACAAGUAUGGGACAUUACCUGUACAUGGAGUCUUCAGAGCCCCAAGAAUUUGAAGAUAAAGCGGUUUUGCUUAGUCCUCUCUUCAACCCUACUUACAAUCGAACCUGCAUUUUCCGCUUUCAUUAUCAUAUGUCUGGAAAGCAAGUUUACACUUUGUCAGUCUUCCAGAGAACUAUGAGUAAUUCCAAGGGAAUACUGCUGUGGUACAAGUAUGGAAAUCAAGGAGGAAGAUGGAUAAGACAGACACUGUACAUCAGCAGCUCUAAGCCAUUUCAGGUCUUGGUGAAAGGUACAGUAGGAGAUGGUUUCACUGGAGACAUUGGACUUGAUGACUUGUCAUUUCUAGACUGUGCUCUUUACAACAACGGAAGCUUGCCAACAAUCUCUACAACUCUAUCAGGAACUUCCAGUCCUGUCACACUCCCCUUGAACAACUGCACAGAGAAUGAAUUUGUCUGUAGAGCCUCUGGACAUUGCAUCCACAAGAUCCAGAAGUGCAAUUUUAGACCUGACUGCUCUGAUAAGUCUGAUGAAUCAGAUUGUGCUAAGGAAAUCUGCAAUUUUGAAGAUAAUACCCAGUGUGGAUGGUAUCAACCGGCCUUGAAAGAGACACCAGAAACUGAUUCCAUCACAAAAAUGUUUAAGUGGGAACUUGGAAGUGGAGCAAAACUAUAUCCUGGAGAAGAAGAGCACUGCGCAUCCACUGAUCAUACUACGUAUACUGAAAAAGGCAUGUAUCUGUUUGCUGACAGCUCAAAUGGAGAAUUUGGUCACUCUGCUGAUAUUGCUACACCAGUCAUUUCCUUUACAGGACCCAAAUGCAAAAUCACAUUCUGGAACCAUAUGAAUGGUUCAACAAUAGGUUCUCUGGAGGUACUCUCUAAGACUGGUAAUAAGACUUCUACACUAUGGACUCAAAGUGGCAGCCAAGGUCCAAAAUGGAACAGAGCAGAAGUAUUCCUGGGAAUUCGUUCAGAUUUUCAGAUUAUUUUCAGGGCAAAACGUGGUGUCAGUUACAUGGGAGAUGUGGCAGUGGAUGACAUUACCUUUGAAGAUUGUUCCCCUUUGCUCAUCCCAGACAGACCUUGCACAUUAGAGGAAUUCACAUGUGCCAACAAGUACUGCAUCCCAAAGGAUAAACUGUGUGAUUUUGUAAAUGACUGUGCAGAUAAUUCAGAUGAGAAUCCUGCCAUUUGCAGUACCUCUAUUGGGCGCUGUGAUUUUGAGUUUGAUCUUUGUGAUUGGAAGCAAGAAGAAAAUGAUGAUUUUGACUGGCACCUCAGAACUAACAGUGCUACUAAACUGGGCACUGGACCAGCUGCUGAUCAUACACUGCAAGAACUGUCUGGACAUUAUAUUUUUAUAAAGAGUUCUUUCCUUCAGCUGCCAGGACAGAAAGCUAGGAUUUCUAGUCCAGUGUUAAGCAGGAUGAAUAAAAACUGCAAGAUAUUUUUCUAUUACCAUAUGUAUGGAGCUCACGUUGGAUCAUUGAUCGUCUACCAGAUGACUAUGUCAAAACAUGAAAAAAUUCUCCUUAUUCUUACUGGAAACCAGGGAAAUUUUUGGCAGAGCAAGGCACUGAACCUGGUUGGAGAUGGCAAUGAAGAUUUCCAAGUCAUAUUUGAAGGGAUAGUUGGAAGAGGUAUCAAUGGUGGCAUAGCACUUGAUGACAUCACAUUAUCUCGGGAGUGUUUACCAUCCCAGAAGUUUUUACCAGCAGAAUCCACAACAGUACCUCCAACAGGCUCCUGCUCUCAUGGCUACUGGCAAUGUCAAAAUGGCAAGUGUUACAGACCAGAACAAAGCUGUGAUUUUGAAGACAACUGUGGGGAUAAUACAGAUGAGAAUGAAUGUGGCACUUCCUGCACCUUUGAGAAUGGCAGAUGUGGCUGGCAAAAUUCCUUGGCGGACAGUUUUGACUGGGUGCUGGGGGCUGGCUCGCCUCAAAGUCUGAGACCUCCCAGGGACCACACACUUGGAAACAGAUCUGGACAAUUCCUAUAUCUUGAGGCCACUCCAAUAGGGCUGAAAAAUCAAAAAGCCCAUGUGAGGAGUUCCAGAUGGAGAGAGUCAAGCAGGAGUUGUGUGUUGAGCUUCUGGUACUUCAAGUCAUCAAAAGCCACAGGAUGUAUUCAGGUUCUCAUUAAGACUGACGAUGGAAUUGUCAAAAUAUGGAGUGAUUCAGGAAGUGUUAGUGAUGAAUGGAGAAAAGUCGAGUUACGCUUGGGGAAGCUGAGAAAUUUUGAAGUUAUCUUUGAAGGUAUUCGUACCAGAGACCUAGGAGGAGGAGCAGCACUAGAUGACAUAGAGUUCAACAACUGUUCUACAGCUGGAGAGAAUCCCAGGGAAUGCCCUGCCUUCACUGAUUUUGUGUGUUUGAAUGAGGAUUGCAUUGAAUCUCAGCUUGUCUGUGACUAUAAACCAGACUGUGAAGACCUAUCAGAUGAGGCUGACUGCAGUUACUACACAAGUAUUCCUGGAAGUUGUAACUUUGAAACACAAGAGCAAGAAUGGACAACUAUAUGUGGAUUAAUGCAAGACACUGGAGAUGACUUUGACUGGAAUGUUAGCAAUGGCAGUGUUACUGAACAAAUGAGUCCUGAUACAGACCAUACACCAGGUAAAGGACAGCAUUUCUUGUAUGUAAACUCAACUGCUCAGGAGGAAGGAAGUAGAGCAAGGAUAACCACUACCAAAUUCUUCCCAGCCAGCCUUGGGGUCUGCAGAGUUCGAUUCUGGUUCUGGAUGUUUGCUUCUAGGCAAACGGGAGUCUUAAAGGUAUACUCAGUUGAAGAACAUGGAAUGGAUAUUCUUAUGUGGUCUUCUAGCAAAAAUGAAGAAAACAAAUGGAUGUAUGCAAAUGUGGUCCUCUCCAGUAAUACUCCUUUCAGAGUUGCCUUUGAAGUUGAAGUGGGGAAGAGUGAACCCACAGAAUUUGCUCUUGAUGAUAUUUCUUUCACCCCAGAAUGUAUGGAUGGAGGACCAGCUAAACCACAACCUCCAACUUGCAGUAGUGACCAGUUCCCAUGUGCGUAUGUGCAGCAGUGUUUGCCUCUCAGUGCAAAAUGUAAUGGGGCUGAAGAUUGCGUGGAUGGAAGUGAUGAAAUUAAUUGUCCCACAAUGACCCCUACCACUAUGUCUCCAAGCUCCUGCAAACCAACAGAAUUUCUGUGUCCUUCCAAAGGCUGCAUCCCAGCCCUUCUGAAAUGCGAUGGUGUGCCUGACUGCCUGCUUAAUGAAGAUGAAGUUGGAUGCCCCAUUACAGAUUGUUUCAAUGGUUCUUUGCUAUGUGUGUCAACAAAUCAGUGCAUAGCAGUCUCCCAGCGUUGUAACGGCAUUGCAGACUGCAUUGAUUUCGGCCUUGAUGAGUCCAGCUGUUCAGCUUGUCCUGAAGAAUACUGCAAACAUGGUGGAACCUGCAUCAUCAAAGAUGAUGUUCCUUUAUGUCAAUGUGGAAAAGAAUGGAAAGGAAACCGUUGUCACAUAAGUGCUAAGCCUCCUCAAUCUCCCAUUUCAAGUCUCCUUCAAAAUGAUAUUUGGAUUGGGUUGGGGAUCAGUUUCUUGCUGAUUAAAAUUGCAGUUGCUGCCUUAUGUUUCCUUUCAAAGAAGAAAGAGCAAAAAAUGAAAGUAGAGGAAACUAUAAAUACUUCAUUUGCCAAUCCACUGUAUGAAGACCUUAGUUCAUCUGGAAAAGCAAAGUCUCCUGGAUACACCACUUCACCUGUUGUUCAAAUCAGUGUUUCUCCAUGGCAUGAGUAUCCAUUUAAUGAAGGUGAGAAUGCUACCUCUUUUCCAAAUCCUCUCUACGGUGAGGCAUCAGGAGACAUGGAGAAAUUAUGCAGUUCCUUGAAAAUAGACAGAAAAUGGGAUUAAUAUUGCGUAUGACUCUUUGCCUGAAGAUUUGUUCUAAAAUCUGAAAGUAUGUUAUGAUCCUGCAGCAUUUGCAAUGUGAAUAACUCUUCACAGAAUAAAUCUUUCAUUGCAAUAAUUAUGUUCAGAAAGUAAUAUUAUAUUAAAAAUAGAAUCAAUAAGUAUAUAUAUAAAAUAUAGAAAGUCAAAUUUUUAUAUAUAUACUCUUCCAUAUUUCUGUUUCUGUGUUUCAAUUUCUGUGCAGAAAUUGAUUUGUGAUUAUAACUAUGAAUUCAUUUUACAUUUGGACAGUUCAAAUGUCACUAUGUUAAUAAAAUGUUUAAUCAAAUCCAGAUUCCUGAGGUCUGAUAAUCAUAAUUUUAUAUCUAUUAUUGGGAAAUGAUGACUUAAACAUUUCUGCAAUUUUACAUUAGAAAUGGAUUUUAAAUGGCUGUUUUAGUGUUCCAAGGGCCAGAAGCAAAAGAAAAGUUUAUGUAUAAUUAGAAACACAUCGAGGUAAAUCAAAAUGGACAUGAAUCAUGAAUUUGAGUAUCUGCUCAAUAUGUGAUUCAGCAAGGUGAUACAAUGGUAUGUACCCUUGUUUUUAAAAAGGAGACAUUAUUAACCUUGAAAGCCACAUCUAACCAAAUUCCCUUCUGGUCAGAUCUACUGUGGCUACCACAGUGCUACUGAUGUACAUAGCUUAGUGGUUGACGGAAGAUAGCAACUAGCAUGUCCAGGCAGCUUAUUUCUGCCAAGUAAGCUGACCUCCCACACAGCUGCAACUUUUGUCCUCACAAGCCUACAUGGGGAAUUCUGGUUUGUCUCCUGAUUUUGAAUAUCAUCCUCUGCAAUAUAAGAUACAGCUUGCACUUUAAAUAACUUGAACAUAUGUCACGUUCCAUAAUGCCCAUUUGAAUUAUCUAGUGGUCAUUUUCAGUUUGAAGGCUUAAAUGUUUAUGCUGUGCUUAUGUUUUCCUACCUUACUACAUUUUAACAGACUCCUUAAUUUUAAACCUACUGGCAAGUUUAAAAGAUACAAAACUACUUCAAAUUUCAUAAAAUAAGCUUUUGGAUGCAGACAUUAUCUCUGUUAGUUCAGGUAAUCUUGAAAUGUUUGACACUUAUUAGACUUCCCAGUCUCCCCGCAGAAGAGCACACUGAAGCCUGUCUUCAUUCCAUCAUGCAUGGGACUGCUUGGUUUUGGGUGUGUUGUUGUAGUCUUGUUCAUCUUUCACUUUUUCUUAAUAAUACAAUGGAACCUCAUAGCUCUGUGCCUGGGACCACUUUUCAAUUUUUGUUUUCUUACCUAACUGACACGAUGUUUCCUGGGUAGCAGAAGUAACAAAGCAUGAUUCCUAUUGAUACUUUUCCAUCAUCCUCUCCACAUCUUUCUGACAAUAUGCUUAGAAUCAUAGAAUAUCCCAAGUUGGAAGGGACUCACAAGGGUCAUCUAGUCCAGCCCCUGGGUCCACAAAGGACCAUACAAAAUUCAGACCCUAUGAGAGCAUUAUUCAAAUGCUUCUUGAACACCAGCAGCUUUGUGCCAUAACCACUGCCCUGGGGAGCCUGUUCCAGGGCCCAACCACCUGCUGGUGAAGAACCUUUUCCUAACACCCAACCUGACCCUCCCCUGACAUAGGUCCAUGUAAUUCCCUCAGGUCCUGUUGCUGGUAUGCGAUUGGUGAUGACUGCUGCACUGUAAAACUACAUUUCACUUUCCUCUCUCAUCCGUAGACCCCUGUACUAUCCUCACUUCUUCCCCAAGCUCUAUAGCUUACCUUAAAACUGUCUCUUGAGCUUGUUCCCCUGAAGUGUCCUAACUACAACCAAAAAAACAGAAGCAUUAGCCACUAUGCCUGGCUCAGAGCAACACGAGUGUUCAUCAGCUGCUGCACAUUUGCUGGUUGGCCAGUUGGCAGCACACUGCUACUUCUCUCACUCUGUACCCUGAAACUGGACUGCUAUUUCCUGUUCCACUGCUGAUUUUAAUGAAGACAGUCAGAGUAUCACACCUUCUAAACACCUGCCUUAAUGCUGAAUUUAGUUGGAAGUGACCAAAAGGUAUUCAUGGAGUUUUUUAAUAAGGAACCACAGUAAGAUGAUCACACAUGCUGUUUUCUGAACCAUGAUUAAUAAGACAGAAAUAUGGAACUUGUUCACUACACUUGUUAAGUUGCUCUGUAGAGAAAAGACAUAAUACAGCAAAGUGCCAGGUGCCUCCAGCUCCUGAACUCUGGUAUUUUGAUUAAAUCUGUGUGAAAUGAUUGCUUUCAGCAUCAUAAACAGGCAUUGUACAUUCCUACAAGAUCAAGCCCAUGCAGUAAAAUUUGCAAUUAUUCUGCAAUAGGCAGACACUGCUAAACACUGAAAUGCUGGUUAUACCAUGGUCCUUAAAUCUCCAAGCACUGUGUCCUCUUAUGUCUUAAAAAAAAAUAAUAAGAAUUAAAAACUAUAUAUGUUGAUAACAAUAUGUUGAUAUAUUGAUUAUCCUUUAUGAAACAAAUUAUUAAUUGUACUCAUAUUUUAAUUUUGUAGAUAGAAGGAUAUGAUAAGAACUUAUGAAAUAAUUCAAAGAAUAUUAUAUUCCUCAUCAGCAGCUGUUUCCUGAGAGAUUGUCAGUAUGCUCUAUUUUUUCUGAAGCAAGAGAAAAGACCAAAUUAUUGGUCUUUUACCAAAAUUAUUUUUCAUGUCUACCUAUGUAGAAUAUUUUUAAAGAAAUUCUUAUCAUUCAGAGUUUUCAUCUUCCUGAGCUUCAAUAAUGUUUCACAAUUCUUAUUUCAGCAAAAACAAAAUAGUCACUCAUAUCCACUGAACAAUAAAACUCUCACAUCUACCAGCUGAAUAACAACCCAAGAAUGAAAUGUUUGCUUACAGAUAAAAAUUAGACUUUUUAUUUCAUUUUUGGAAACACGGCUGUACUUUGAACCAAAGCAGUAGAAUUUGUAUUUUCAUUCACCCUUGCUAAAGUUUAACUUCUUAAUGUCUAAAGAGAAUGUCAAGGAAAAGUAAUUUCUUAAAUAUUUAUACAUAGGUUUCUUACUUCUCAUAGUUAAUAAUAGUCCUUGACUAAAUAGCCUCUGUAUGCUCAUGCUGCUAGUGUCAUAAAUUCCACAUAGUAAAACUGAAUUGCUUCCAACAGAGGCUUGUUUUCCUGGAGUAAUUUGAAGAUGGUUAUUCUAGCCAGAUGAUGAAUGGUGUACUUAUUCUAGUUUAAACUUGUCUGUACACUAAUGAUCCAAGCUAACAACAGAAAUAAAUUGCAAGACAAAACUUUUAACAAAACCUAACGCCUCCUGCAAUGUGGUCAGGUACGUGCUUUUUAGAAUUGUUUUAGCUCCCCGAAUCUUGGAGUUGUAGAGAAUACAGUCCCUUGAUUUUGACAAAUUUGUUUAUCAAGAUAAAGCAUAGUUAUGAUACAUUUCAACAAACAUGUUUUGUACACAGCCAGAUGAUGAUCUUGAUGUUCUAAUAACUUGUGAUGGUCCAGUAACUUUUUUCAAACACAAAGUAAUGCUUCUGGCUUAGCUGUUCCAUACUGCAGGGAGCUAGGAAGUUUGCUUAGAAAGGAUUAUCAUCUUUGCAGCCUGUUUCAGUGCUUGUCUUGCCAUUUGUCGUUGGCCACUACUCUGCAAUUUUGAAAACCAUGGGGUAGGGGAGAAAGAGCUUAACUCCUCUUUACUUUAAGAAAAUUUAAGUGCAAACUGAUGGCUGUGUACUCUCCUCCUUGCCAGUAAAGAGGGACUCAGAGCUUGCUUGGAGUCUGGGCUCAUUGGUUGAGUUGUUUUAGACACAUUAGUGCUUUCCACUGCUAUCCCAUUUCAUAUUCCUGCGUCUGCUGGCCACUGCAAUUAUAACCGAAGUUCCCACCAGUGUAUUUUGUGUAUUUGCUGAUGGUGCCUAUCUUGGAUAUCCUUCUUGGGUUGUUGUUUUUUGUCCUUAUCUUAUUACUUCUAAAAAGAAAUACAGAUUAGAAGAGGAGAUCCUAGAAGGUAUCCAAGAACAUAACACUUCAACUGAGCGUUCAAGAGGUCAGAAUGAGAUGUAGCAGAUGAACUAAAGUAGCUCAUGUUGUGGUGCUGGAUUUCUUGCUGUCCUCUGGCCUUCUAUGGAUCACAAGCCAAAAUAUAUUUGUCUCCCAACACAUAUUACUGUAACCACUGAAGAAAAAUUUAUUUUUUCGAAUGUCUAUCUCUCCUUUUUAACAUUUCUUCAUAAAAGCGGUUCAUUUGUCCUUUUGUUUUUGACCAAGGUCAAUAGAAUACGCUUUGGGGAAGAGCUGGUCAAGUUCAGAGAAAUGUUUAAGCAAUAGCAUGAAACAAAAAUCAUUAUCAGCUACAGGGGAGGGUGGGUAUUCUACUUUUCCAACGAAAAUAAGAGUAUGAGACAAGUCAGCAGGCAUGCUCGACUGAGUUAAACGGGUAUAACAGAGAGAAAUGAGCACAAAUUAUUCAUGGGAAUUCUUUAAUCUUCUGUUUAAUUAUGUGAUCAUUCCUAGAACAAAGACUUUGAUUGAUCAUAAUGGCAAGAAAAUGUCAAUUUGCACUCAGCACAGUGAUUAGCAUACAGCUAUAGAGAACAACAACAAAAAAAAAAGUGAGAAUGUAGUGUUUUAAUAUUUUUUGCAUGUUUUAAAAGUUUGGGAUGCUAGCUCUAAAUAAUUUAGAGGUUGUUAUAAGUAUUCUCCUCCAAAUAAAGCUGUUUUCAUUUUAUUCUUCA